UACAUCUGUCAGUUUUCUGUUGUGCUAUCAUGGAAAUUGAAGAAAAUCCACUAAAAGGGUGUAAUUUUAUUCGGAACUUAUGUCAAAGGAUCGCAGAUAUUCACAGUGAAGUUCUCGAACAUGAAAACUCCUUUCCAAAUAAGGAUUCAUUUUCAACCGAAGGACGAAGCAAAUCGAAUUGAAGAGAAAUCUGAAGAUAUAGCUGCAGCCGUGGCUGUAGCUGAUGUAGAUAGACAAUAUGAAAUCACUAAGGAAGAAACAAGAGUUUCCAUCGAAGAUUCUUCUGACUUUUCUCCUGAUGUCAUGAAUGAACAUGAAUUUCACCUGCACAAGGAUCUGUCCGAUUAUGAUAGAAUCAAUUGUGAAAGGGAGCUAAGUGAUUGCUUAUUGACGACUCCUGGAAAAACAAAGGCAGAAAGAAAACACAUUCCUGAGAAGCAGGAGAUAGUGGACCCUGCAAAAAAUUAUCAAUGUGAAUACUGUAAUAAAAUAUGCGCGCAGAAAUGCAGUCUUAUCUUGCAUAUGAAGACUCAUUGCCGCAGUAUGGAUAUCAUGAGGCGAAAGACCAAACCUGUGCGUUCAUCAAAAACAUUUAAGCAAUCCCUUAAUGACCAGACAGUUGAUAAGCAAAAGUGUCCUUUUUGUCACAGAAUCUACAAGAGGAAACAUGAAUGCAGAUUGAUAGAACCAAAAGUUCCCAAUGUUUUCUCAUGCACACAUUGCCCUGAGACUUUCUCGACUUAUCCAAAAAUCUACCAUCAUCACAAGACUCAGCAUCCGGACAAGCCAAAACCCUUGUCGCCAUUCCAGUGCGAUAUAUGCGGAGCUUUCGCAUUGCGCUUGUACGCUCUCAAGCGACACAUGCUGGUGCACACAGAUUACGCGCCUUUCGCCUGCGAGAUUUGCCAAAAGAGAUUCCGUACUCGCCAAAAAUUAACUGAACAUCAGCGGAAACACAUCCCAAAAUCCGAGAGAGACGACAAAUAUAAAUGCAACAUUUGUCAGAAAAAGUUCACCUUUAGACAAUCCCUAAAAAAGCAUGAACGUCUUCAACAUACAAACAAUAGAAAGCUCUUUCCGUGCAAUAUUUGCGGAGGAAAAUUCAUCAGCGAGACGUCACUGCAGAAGCAUCAAACGACUCACGAGGGAGAAGCUCCAAGGAAUCAUAAGUGCGAUCAGUGUGGGAGGAUUUUUGAAAAACUCAAAUAUUUCAAUCAUCAUCGUAAAAUUCGUCAUAACAUCUUCACUGAUUUAAUGUUAAACCCAAAGCCGAAGAAGAAGAAGUAAUUAUACAGGAGAAAUCAUAAAAGUAUAUGUGGAUAUGUUUAUGUUAAUCUUUAUAGGAAUAUAAAGUUUAUGUUGUUUAUGUA